AGUUAACCAUAUUCUUAAGCCUUCGUUUGAAAUCCUUUUGAGAUAUAUGGUCCAUCUAUAUUCUUAUCCCCUGUAAAUGAUUUUGUGAGGGUUUCUGAGACAUACUAGUGGCCAUUUCACAAACCCUUCUGGCUUUGGCGGCAUGCUAUAUUUUCUCAGAACGGUUUUAUUUAUCUCAGGGUUUUUGGGGAGUUUUAUGCUGUUUUAGAUCAAAUUUUGAACAAAUUUGUACACCAAAGAUGUCGUCUGCCACAAAUAUUAUUGUUCUGGUGGGGUUGGGACUAGCGGGGAUAUUUUUGGCGGUGCAGAGGAGGAGGAAGACAAUUAAGGAAGAUUUCGGUGCAUUCGUUGAACGGAUUCAGCUGCUUCCGCCGCCUCAGCCUGCCCCUCCUAAAGCCCCGCAUCCUCUUACGGGGCUUGUUUUUGCAAUUAAAGAAUUAUUUGAUGUAGAAGGAUUUGUAACUGGCUUUGGAAAUCCUGACUGGCGGAGAACACAUGAACUGGCUGUUCGAACAGCGCCAGCUGUUUCACUUCUUGUACAAGGGGGAGCCACAUGUGUGGGAAGAAAUGUUAUGGAUGAGAUGGCAUACUGUAUCAAUGGGGAAAAUAAACACUAUGGAACUCCAACAAAUCCAGCUGCACCCUCAAGGAUACCUGGCGGAUCUUCCAGUGGAUCUGCUGUAGCUGUUGCAGCAGAGCUUGUGGACUUUUCUCUUGGUACUGAUACAGGUGGAAGUGUGAGAGUGCCUGCUGCAUUUUGUGGCAUUCUAGGGUUUCGCCCUUCUCAUGGGGCUGUUUCCACUGUGGGUGUUGUGCCGAUGGCUCAGAGUUUUGACACUGUUGGUUGGUUUGCAAGGGAUCCAGAUAUUCUGCGACGUGUUGGUCAUACACUAUUACAAUUGCCAUUUAUGGAAUACAGAAAACCAAGGCGUGUUAUAAUAGCAGAUGAUUGCUUUCAGCUUACAAAGAUCCCUAGUGGUCGGACUGUGAACAUAGUUAUUCAGUCAACUGAAAAAUUAUUUGGACGACAAGUUCUUAAUCACAUGAGUCUUGGAAAAUAUAUUGCCGAUAAAGUUCCCAGCCUGAAAUAUUUUCAAAGUGAAGAGAGCAAAAGUGUUGAAGGUGGGAUUUCUGCUUUGAAGGCACUGUGGAAUGCACUCCGGCUUCGUCAGAGGUAUGAGUUCAAAAAGAAUCAUGAAGACUGGAUCAAUUCGGUGAAGCCUGAUUUUGGACCUGGCAUAUCUGGUCAUAUACGUGCAGCUCUAGACAUAGACACAGAUGAUGAAAAUAUUGGUCUUUCCUUGAGGGUUAGGGAAGAAGCGCGCGAAGCUCUAAAUUCUCUUUUAAAGGAUGAUGGAAUAUUAGUCAUUCCUACAACCGCAGAUCCUCCUCCUAAGCUCAAUAUGAAGGUGAACUUCUUGGAGGACUUCCAAACGAGAGCUUUGACUCUGUUAUGUAUUGCUGGCAUGUCUGGAUGCUGUCAGGCAAGCAUACCUUUAGGACAGCAUGAUAAGUGUCCUGUGGCUGUGUCAUUCAUAGCAAGGCAUGGGGGAGAUAGGUUCCUUCUUGAUACUGUAAGGGCUGCAUAUUCUACUCUCCACCAACAAGUAGAGAUUAGUUCAAGUACACAGACAGCGAAUCCACCGAAUGGCAAAAUAGAAGCCGCAGAGAUCGCUAAAGAAAAGGGUAAUGCUGCUUACAAACAAAAACAGUGGCAAAAGGCAGUCAAUCUCUACUCAGAAGCAAUUAAGUUAAAUAACAAGAAUGCAACGUAUUACAGUAACCGUGCUGCAGCUCAUUUAGAGCUAGGGAGUUUUCCACAAGCUGAAGCAGAUUGCACUGAAGCAAUUGCCCUUGAAAAAAAGAAUGUGAAAGCAUAUUUAAGAAGAGGAACUGCAAGGGAAAUGCUUGGUUAUUACAAGGAAGCUGUUGAAGAUUUUAACUAUGCGCUUGUUUUGGAACCAACCAAUAAAGUUGCAAAUCUUGCAGCAAACAGAUUGAGGAAGCUUUUUGGAUAAAUUUUGGAAUCUACAUUAUUGGCAUAUUUGCUAUAGGUAACUCAAUUGGAAGUGCAAGCUCAUCAAAUUUGGCUAUAUGGUGUUGAGAAAUCCAGUAUUUGAAGGGAAUGACUACAGUAGCUCAUAAGCAUAUAGCUUAUGACAACUGGCUUUAUCAGAUCACACACUUUUUCCGAUUGAGACAAGUUCGCAAAAUCCUGAAUGCUAGAGGCGACAGUUCCUAUCUUGAGGAUCUAACUGAACAUCAUGAUGAUGACAUAAUUUCCUAGUGUCUUUGGAAGUAGGUUUAUAUUCAUUCAUGGAUAUACAUUCAAUUGUAAAUGUGUUCAUGUCAUAAAUCUGCCACUACGGAUUAGCAUCCGUUUCACAAGGCUGUUUGAUCUUAUUCUUGUAAUGUGAUCGCAAUAACGGGAAAUUUAAACUGAUAUGCUUCUUCUUUUUGACAUAAAACCCCAUUUUUGUUUUGCUACUACAUUCCUGCUUGAGAAUGAAACAUGUGACUGUUCCUAAUACUGAUAGCACAAAUUUAUUUUGGACCAAUGUACUUCGUUUCAUUGCA